GGAGGCUUUCGUUCUCAGUAGCUGAGCUCUCAGGAUCUGAAAGAGCCACCUAGUUCAGAUACUGGAAACGAACAGGACUGAUUUCGAGAACCGGGUGAAAAUAGAAGAGCUCAGCAAUAUUUCAAAAGGAGGGUGGAAAUUGCCAGACGAAACAAUGGAGCGAUCGUGGAAGAACCCCCAGCGAAUAAGGCAAGUGGCGCCGGUUCUUAUUUUCCUGUUUCUGUCUGGGGUGGUGUCAGGACCGGUCCGGUACUCGGUAGAGGAGGAACUGGAGAGCGGCUCCUUUGUAGCCAAUAUGGUAAAGGACCUAGGGCUGGGUAUCAGAGAUUUGUCCGUCCGUGAGGCUCGGGUCGUAUCUAAUGGAAACAAGCAACAUUUUUACCUCAACCGUCAGACCGGACAUUUGACCUUAAGGGACAAAUUGGACCGGGAGGAGCUGUGUGGCCAGAGCGAGUCCUGCGUGCUGCAUUUCCAAAUUUUACUGGAAAAUCCUUUACAGUUUUUUCAGGCUGAGUUGAUGGUGAACGAUAUUAACGACCAUUCCCCGGAGUUUCUGGACAAGAAAAUGCUUCUUAAAAUCCCUGAAAGUAGCCCUCCGGGGACAGUAUUUUCUCUAGAAAGCGCACAGGACUUGGAUGUGGGAAGAAACAGCCUCCAGAACUAUACCAUCAGUCCCGAUACGUAUUUCCGCAUUCAAAUUCGUGUGGGUAUGGAUGGAAAUAAAUUCCCUGAGCUAGUGUUGAACAGGGCGCUGGAUCGGGAGGAGCAGGCUGAGAUCAGCUUAAUCAUCACAGCCAUGGAUGGAGGGUCUCCCCCGAGGUCAGGAACCGCUCAGGUUCACAUUGUUGUGGUGGAUAUAAAUGACAACGCCCCCGUCUUCACCCAACCCCUGUACGAGACGCGGAUUCCCGAAAACAGUCCUCUGGGCUCUCUGCUUCUCACUGUCUCUGCUAAGGAUUUAGACACAGGAAAUUAUGGUGAAAUAACGUAUUCCGUAUUCCAAGUAUCCGAGGAAAUUCGAAAAACCUUUCUAAUAGAUCCCAGAACUGGGGAAAUUCGUUUAAGUGGACAACUUGACUUCGAAGAACACAAAUCUUAUCCAGUAAAUGUUCAAGCCACAGAUGGCGGGGGUCUUUCUGGAAAAUCCACCGUCCUGGUACAGGUCACUGAUGUGAAUGAUAAUCCCCCCGAAAUCACCAUGUCUUCAGUAAUAGGAUCCAUCCCCGAGAACGCACUCGAGACUGUGGUUGCUGUUUUCAGUAUUACAGACCGCGAUUCUGGGGACAGCGGUAGAAUGGUUUGUACCAUCCAACACAAUCUGCCUUUCAUCCUCAAACAGACGAUCGAGAACUUCUAUACCUUGGUAACGGACCAAGCAUUAGAUAGAGAGAGCCAGUCCGAAUACAAUAUCACCAUCACUGUCAUGGAUUUGGGCUCCCCGAACCUCAAAGUGGAGAAAAACAUUACAGUGCUGAUAUCCGAUGUCAAUGACAACCCCCCGGUGUUCAAUCAAACGUCCUACACAUUAUAUGUCCGGGAAAACAACAGCCCUGCCUUGCACAUCGGCAGUGUCCACGCCCUGGACAAAGACUCGGGAGAGAACGCCAGGGUGUCCUACUCCCUGCUGUCUCCCGAGGAUAGUGACCUUCCUCUGGCCUCCUACAUCUCCAUCAACUCGGACAAUGGCAAUCUCUACGCUCUGAGAUCCAUGGAUUAUGAAGCCAUUCGGGAGUUCCAGUUUGAAGUGAGGGCCGUUGACGGUGGCUCUCCAGUCCUGAGCAGCCAGGCGAUGGUCCGGGUGGUGGUCCUGGAUGACAAUGACAACAGUCCCUUCGUCCUGUAUCCUCUGCAGAACGGCACCGCCCCCUGCAAUGACUUGGUUCCCAGAUGGGCAGAAGCUGGCUACCUGGUGACCAAGGUGGUGGCGGUGGAUGCAGACUCAGCUCAGAACUCGUGGCUUUCCUUUCAGCUGCUCAAGGCCACAGACCCUGGGCUCUUCAGCGUAUGGCCCCACAAUGGGGAAGUCCGAACCACGAGGCUCAUCACCGACAGAGACACCAUCAAGCAGAGACUCGUUGUCCUCGUGAAGGACCAUGGAGAGCCUCCUCUGUCCACCGCGGCCACUCUGUACGUGCUUCUUGUUGACGGAUUUUCAGAACCCUACUUACAGUUCCCGGAAGUACCGACAGUAGAUGAACCUGAAGACUCCCUCACGGUAUACCUGGUAAUUGCUCUGGUCUCCAUCUCGUUCCUAUUCCUCUUCUCGGUGGUUGUUUUCAUCGUAGUGAGGCUGUGGAGCAGGAGGAGACACGCCGCGGAUGCCGUCAGUCUGGGCCCCGAAGGCCAUUUCCCUGGACAUUUGGUGGAUGUGAACAGUACUGGGACCCUGUCCCAUAGUUAUCGCUAUGAGGUUUGUUUAACCACUGGUUCGGGUAACAGCGAGUUCAAGUUCCUCAAGCCCAUCAUGCCCAACUUUCCGGCCCAGGAUUGUGAAAGAGAUCUUGAAGAAAACCCUCAAUUUCGCAAUAGUUUGGGCUUUAACUAGAGAGGUCUCCUAAGAAGAGCGUUU